CGUAGCGCGGCCAGUACGCAGCCAGCGCGCCGCGAGAUCGCAGCGCGCCGCCGACGGACGCCGCCGCACGCUCGCCGGCACCGGCAUACGAACCCCACUCGAUUCACCUGCCGAUGAAUAUUUAAUGGAGCCGAUUUCGAUGGCGAAUGAAUGAGGAAACGUCGUUACCCCACUGACAUUCAUCACAACACUUUUGUUGACGUAUUUGUAAAUCUUGGAAAAGUUAUUUCGAUUAACAUGUCGUUGGGGUAAACUAAUCAACAUGAUGAGCGGACGAAGAUUGGCCUCGUGUUCAGCAGUCACAGCUGUGUUGCUGGUGCUCAUAAUUAGUGGUUCAGUUACAUCGUCAGACGAAUCAUUGUUUCCUCGUUUCGUGGAGCCGGUCACGAACGUGACGGUGACGGUGGGACGAGACGCGCUCCUCGCCUGCGUCGUCGAAGACUUACGAGGUUACAAGGUGGCGUGGGUCCGCGUGGAUACUCAGACAAUCUUGAGCAUCCACCACAACAUAAUUACGCAGAACGCGCGCAUCAGCCUGUCGUACAACGACCACCGCUCGUGGUACCUGCACAUCAAGAACGUGCAGGAGGUGGACCGCGGCUGGUACAUGUGCCAGGUCAACACCGACCCCAUGCGCUCCAGGAAGGGAUACCUGCAGGUGGUGGGUGAGUAUACUACCUCCAUCAGCCUGUCGUACAACGACCACCGCUCGUGGUACCUGCACAUCAAGAACGUGCAGGAGGUGGACCGCGGCUGGUACAUGUGCCAGGUCAACACCGACCCCAUGCGCUCCAGGAAGGGAUACCUGCAGGUGGUGGGUGAGUAUACUACCUCCAUCAGCCUGUCGUACAACUACCACCGCUCGUGGUACCUGCACAUCAAGAACGUGCAGGAGGUGGACCGCGGCUGGUACAUGUGCCAGGUCAACACCGACCCCAUGCGCUCCAGGAAGGGAUACCUGCAGGUGGUGGGUGAGUAUACUACCUCCAUCAGCCUGUCGUACAACGACCACCGCUCGUGGUACCUGCACAUCAAGAACGUGCAGGAGGUGGACCGCGGCUGGUACAUGUGCCAGGUCAACACCGACCCCAUGCGCUCCAGGAAGGGAUACCUGCAGGUGGUGGGUGAGUAUACUACCUCCAUCAGCCUGUCGUACAACGACCACCGCUCGUGGUACCUGCACAUCAAGAACGUGCAGGAGGUGGACCGCGGCUGGUACAUGUGCCAGGUCAACACCGACCCCAUGCGCUCCAGGAAGGGAUACCUGCAGGUGGUGGGUGAGUAUACUACCUCCAUCAGCCUGUCGUACAACGACCACCGCUCGUGGUACCUGCACAUCAAGAACGUGCAGGAGGUGGACCGCGGCUGGUACAUGUGCCAGGUCAACACCGACCCCAUGCGCUCCAGGAAGGGAUACCUGCAGGUGGUGGUACCGCCAGUGAUAAUAGACAAUAUGACGUCCACCGACAUGGUGGUACGCGAAGGUACCAACGUGACCAUGGUCUGCCGCGCCACUGGCUAUCCUGAACCAUAUGUCAUGUGGAGGCGGGAAGACGGACAGGAAUUCAACUGUAAUGGCGAAUCAGUGAACGUGGUGGAUGGUGAAAAUUUAACGAUAUCGAAAGUGUCUCGACUUCACAUGGGUGCCUACUUGUGUAUCGCCUCGAACGGAGUCCCGCCAUCGAUCAGCAAGCGCGUCGUGCUUAUGGUGCAAUUUCCACCGAUGUUGUCCAUACCCAACCAACUGGAAGCGGCGUACAUUGGGCAGGACGUGACGCUGGAGUGCCACACGGAGGCGUACCCCUCCUCCAUCAACUACUGGACCACUGACCGCGGAGACAUGAUCAUAUCAGGAAAUAAAUACAUCACGUCACUAAGCGACGACAGUUACAGUCGGAAAAUGAAAUUGACUAUACGGAGGGUAUCGUCAAGAGAUUUUUCAUCUUACCGCUGCGUCGCGAAGAACUCCCUCGGCGAGACGGAUGGGCUUAUCCGACUUGACGAAAUCCCCGCACCUUCGACGACGAGCACCACGGACAAUAACGUCCCCACAUUUCCUCAAAGGAAGAAAGGUAAACAUAAAAAUCGUUGGCGGGACAGCUCCGCCGAGAACAGAGUCAUAGGAGACUACGAAGUAGAAGAGUGGAAAGAUGUCGAUUACGAGUCGACGCAAUCUUCCCGGUCCACCAUCAGUCGAAGCGCUUCUCUGGUCAUCAUUGGAGGCUUUUUGAUUGCCAGCUGACAUACGGCUACCGGUCUGCAGGUCCUAUCCUAGUGCCAAUAAGACGUUUGUGCUAAAAGAGAUACGAAAGCGGUGAUAAACAAUAGGAUAGGUGCUGUGUCAGUCAUGAUCUUGUCAUAUCGUUCAAUUACGACUCCAAAAUAUCAUUUAAAAACUGUCAUCACAUCGAAAUUAUGAGUCUAUUAUAAGUUUAUUGUUUAUUUAUAUUGCAAGAAUAAUUUAUGGAGACGUAGUAUCUAUUUGAUAGAAAUUGUAAAUACUUUUCGAUAUAAUUGAAAGACUGAUAGAAUUGUACUAUUAAUGUGCCAUAUCUUAUCUCAUAACUAUAAAUUGCGUUUAGUUCAUAAGGAUCUUAAUAUUGUUUUCCUACUUUCAUUUGAUUUUACAAUACUAUGAAACUCUUCUAUCUACAAACCUAAAUCGGUUUACAAAGUCAGUAGUAAAUGUCCUUAAACUUCAAUAGUGUGUUCAAUUUACACCGUGUAGUUAAUCGGUUUAAAUACUUAGAGCAUACGUUUGUACGAUGUACGGCACGGCACACGCUACAUCGCCAUUGCCGGGCCCGUGUCACGUACUUGCUCGCAUUAAGAUAAUAUCAUACCAUUUAACACUCGUUACAAUUACUCACUCGCCAGUUAAAUGACCAUCUGUUAACUUGGAAUUAAGUUAUGAACAUAUUUUCCCUCAUUGUAAAUAGAAUAAAGGAGAAUUUAUAUACCUACGUACUUAGUUCCUCUCUAUGAUCUACCGCCUCGCCACAACAAUGUGCAGGACAAAGAAAAUCAAUUCUUGCUUUGUAUUUCGUUUUCUCUCCUUCCCCGAUAAAAUAGUAAAGGAUAUAAAGGCUUUAAAUGUUGAGUUCUAGCAUUUGUUGUGUAAAAAUUGUUUUGAAAAUAUGUUUGUUAAAUAUCUGGUCUGUUGUAAAAUGUUCUAGCUUAAGUUUCAAUUAUGUAUUGUAAUUACGUUAUCGAUUCUCCCCUACCUGCCCUAUCCACAAAUUGUUCUAGUAAUCUAGUUUCUAUCGAUCUGUAGUGCUAUUCAAUAAAAUUCACUUUCAAAACUCUAUCGAAUGACAACGCACUAUUCGAAUGUUCGCAAAAUCGAAUAAAAAGUGACACUUUGUGAAUAGGACUGCAGUUUUUUUUAAUCUUUGUUGUUUUAUUUUAUUUACCAAUAUUUUUAAUAUGUAUAAAAAGAAAGGAAAGUACAGGCUUCUAUGAAAUACAAAGAUAAUUUGUUCCUUGGAUAAAAGCUUUAUACAAAUAUUGUAAAUAUUAUAAGUUAUACGCGAUGUUAAAUUAAUGUACCUACUUAAUGUUAUGUUACUCGUUUCUUACCAAAUGUUUACCUAAAUACGUUUUGUACAUAAUCUCAUCACUUCUGCAAUAAAGACAAUAUGGCGUGCUUUGUAAUAUAAAUAAAUAGCUAUGUAAUAUUUCGACGUACGAGGCUUGCGUUGUUUUCUUCCUAUAGUACGCAUUGGUUGUUGUUUGUACCAUUUCCAAAAUUGUUAUAGAGAAUCAUAGAACAAGAUGGAAUCUUAAUUUAUUGUACCUGUAGAAAUAAUAGAUAGAUAAGAACUACAUAUCUUGGAAAUGGUCUAUUUCAGCGUUGAAAACUUUGUAUAGUGACCGUUGCAGUUAGCUGUUUAUGUAAAGUUACAAAAUAAAUGAAAUUUCUUAAA